AUGGCAUCCCGCUUGGUAAGAAACGCCAUAGCUUCAGGCGCCGCUCGUCUUCGACCUUCAGUUCCAUCCCGCACCCUCCCGGCCCUCACCACAUCCCUCACAAGCUACCGAUCAGCAUCAGGCGUACCGGCAGAGGAUCCCAAGAAGAAGGCACAAUCGAUUCUCGACUCAUUGCCAGGCAACUCGUUGAUCUCGAAGACCGCAAUCCUUUCCUCAACAGCCGGUGUCGCGAUUUAUGCUCUCAGCAACGAAUACUAUGUUGUUAACGAGGAAACUAUUGUUGCGCUGUGUCUACUGAGCAUUUGGGGUGCGGUCUUCAAGUAUGGAGGACCAAUGUACAAGGAGUGGGCGGAUGGCCAGGUCAACAAGAUUAAAGGCAUCUUGAAUGCUGCCCGUGCAGACCAUACCGAGGCUGUCAAGACACGAAUUGAGAGCGUGCAGCAAUUAGGCAGCGUUGUCGACAUUACCAAGACUCUCUUUGAGGUCUCAAAGGAAACCGCACAACUCGAGGCCAAGGCUUUCGAGCUCGAGCAAACCACCGCUCUUGCUGCGGAAGCAAAGUCUGUCCUUGAUUCAUGGGUUCGAUACGAGGGACAAGUGAAGAUCCGCCAACAAAAGGAGCUGUCAGAGAGCAUCAUUGCCAAGAUCCAAAAAGAGCUCGAAAAUCCCAAGGUUCUUCAACAAAUCCUGCAACAGAGUAUUACAGAUGUCGAGCGAAUCGUUGCAUCCAAAGCACAAUAG